ACUGUUCGUAUAAAUUUGGAAAAAUUUGAAAGCCGGUAUUCGCGAGAGAAUGGAAGGACCUGAACUCAAGAAGAGGAAAAUCCAUAAGCCACCGCCUCGCCGGACUGUUGCUUCACCUGCUUCAAAGACUCCCAAAGAUGCAAAACCAACGUGUAGUUCGAGGGUUCCAGGUGUACAAACAAGUGAAAUUAAUAGUUUCAGAAUCCAACAAGAAAAAAAUUUUGCUGUAGCUCAAGCACAACAAGACGGCUGCACUGGAAAUUUUAAGAAAUUUGAUUCAUGGUAUGGGAAUUUUCUGGUACCAGUUGUUCCAUCACGGGCAGAACUUAACAGAUAAGUAUUUCUUGUAUCGUAUUAAUUUUGAUUUGAUUUUGUUUGCAAACAAUGUGACAGUUGUUUAAGUCCUUGCUUUUGCUAUAUGGAUCAUAAGAUUCUUCUC